AUGGGAAAUUGUGGAAAAAAGAUUUCAUAAGUAUUUUAAAAGAGAAAGACAUCUUCAAGCAAGAUAGGUGAACACACUACAUGUCCUCGUUGCGGAUAAACAUUUUCUCCCAGCACAACUUAUCAAACAUUGAACUACCAUAUCGAUACUUGUCUAACCAACUAGAAUUAAUACCAUAACUAUAUAUAAUAAUAAAUCUUACUUGACCCUCAUUUCGGCAAUAACUAGAGUGAAAAAGCUUCAAAUAUUGAUCCAAGCUAAGUAGAGUACUUCUGGGCCAAAGUCCCAAUUAAGAAUACUGAUAACGGAGAUGGAAAUACAUAGCAAAAUCUAGACUCCUCUGUAACUUCUUCUCGCAAAACUUCUAGUGGAAGUACCAGCAGUAAUUACUAAGGUAAUACAAAAUAUCGCUGGGAAAGACGUGCUUAUAGCAAGCAAGACAUUAACAUGGCUUCACUCCGUAGAAUGUCUCCUAAGGAAGUUUAAUGUUUAACCUUUGAGAAAAAAUAAAUUUGGUUUAGAGAAAAAUGUGAAGCUUUAAGAAUCCCUUGGACUUAGGGUGCAGACUGGAUUAGAAUAAAUCCAGAUAAUGUACUUUUGAAUAGCAUGUUUGGAAUUUAAUAAUGCAAUUUACAUAAGGAAGUCAAAAUUGAAAUCAUAGGAGAUAAGGUCAAUGAUGCAGGAGGUUUGCUUAGAGAAUGGGUCCUUCUCUGCAUGAAAGAAAUUCUCCACCCAAAUACAGGUAUGUUCACAGUAGCAGGAACAAGUGAUAUUUGCUACAAAAUUAACAAAGAUGCUGAAUAGUGUGAUCACAUAAUUGACUGCUUUAAACUUCUUGGAAAAAUAAUUGGAAAAACUAUUUUUGAGAGAAUCACUAUGGACUGCUACUUUGACAGAAGUAUAAUUAAUUAUAUCUUAGGAAAGCCUACAAAUUUAGAAGAUAUUUACUUUUACGAUACCUAAUUAUACAAUUCAUGGAAGUUUUUAUUGGAAAAUAAGUUAGCAGAUGAUGAUUUCAUUGAUGUAUUUGCUGUAUAUAAAAAUGUUAAUGGUACCACAAAAACAAUUGAACUUAUUCCUGAUGGAGAAGAAACUCUUGUUAACAACUCAAAUAAAGAACUUUAUGUUUAAAAAUAGAUUCAAUAUCUUUGCAUAGAUUCGGUUAAGGUAUUCUUAGAUGCAAUAUGCGAGGAGAUUUACAAAGUUAUCCCUAAAUAAUAUUUAUCUGUUUUCGAAGCUCAUGAAUUUGAAAUGAUCUUAAAUGGUGUUCCUUUCAUUAAUUUGGAUGAAUGGAAACAAAAUACUGAGUACACAGGAAGUUAUAGCUAAAACAGUAGAGUUAUCUAAUGGUUUUGGGUUGUUAUGAGUGAAUUCAACCAAGAUCAACUUUCUAAAUUCCUUUAAUAUUGCACAGGAUCUGCUAGAACACCUGUUGAUGGCUUUAAGAAAUUAGAAUCAAACAGAGGUAAUUAUGCCAAAUUCUAAAUUAAAUCUGUACCAUAUGAUAAAAAAAACCCAUAUCCAAAGGCUCACACAUGCUUUAAUCGUUUGGAGUUACCAGAAUAUUCUAAUUAAGAAAACUUGAGAACCUACAUGAAUGCGAUAGUUAAUAAUGAUUUAGAUGGAGUUUAUGGAUUGGAGUGA